GCACCAUCGAGGCCUGUCUGAGCCACCUGUUGAAGCGGCGAGCGGCGGGCUUCCUGCGCAGCGACAAGAUCGCCGCCCUUUUCACCAAGAUCGGCAAGGUCAACGCCACGGCCGGAGAGGUGUGCCGGAAGGUCCAGGAGCAGCUCGCACAGCAGGCAGAGGUCAUCAGGACCCAGAGUGUGGGUCAGGAGCCCCUGAAGAGGCAGGGGUCGUCGUCUGCAGGUCGCGCCCCCCAGCCCCUCUCCGCUCAGGCCAUCAAGCACAUCUGGGUACGCACCGCCCUCUUCGAGAAGGUCCUGGACAAGGUCGUACAGUACAUCGUGGAUAACUCCAGUAAGUACUAUGAGAGGGAGGCUCUGAUGCAUGACUCAGUGUUUGGACCCAUCCUGGCAUGUCUACUGGUGGGUCCCUGUGCUCUGGAGUACACUAAGCUGAAGACGUCCGACCACUUCUGGACGGACCCGUCGGCCAACGAGUUGGUCCAGCGCCACCGGAUCCACGGGGCCCACCGGGGCCAGGACGCUUCCCCCAGCAGGAGGCCCGCUCUGGGGAUCCAGAAGAGACAGUCCAGCGUCAGCAUGUCCGAGGAUAAGUUUGCGGCAUCUGCGCGGGAAUACGUGGAAUCUCUUCACCAGAACUCCCGUACUCACCUGCUCUAUGGCAAAAACAACGUCAUGGUCCAACCGAAGAAAGAAAUGGAGGUGUUACGGGGGUACCUGUCCCUUCACCAGGCAGGGGAUAACCUCACCCUGAAGUGGACCCCUAACCAGCUCAUCAACGGCACCCUGGGAGACUGUGACCUGGAGAAGAGUAUCUAUUGGGACUAUGCGCUGACCGUGCCUUUACGACAGAUCGUGUGCAUUCACUGUCACCAGCGACGCUCUGGUGGGACGUUGGUGCUGGUUAAUCAGGAUGGUAUCCAGCACCCCCCCCUCCACUUCCCCCCCGGCGGCCAUCUCCUGGCCUUCCUGUCCUGCCUGGAGACGGGCCUGCUGCCCCGUGGUCAGCUGGAGCCUCCACUCUGGAGCCAGAGAGGCAAGGGUAAGGCGUUUCCUAAGCUAAGGAAGAGGACCAGCACAGUCAGGCUGGUAGAUCAGGAGGGUGAGGAACAGACAGCAGCUGACUAUGUGUUCCGCAUCGUCUAUCCUGGACACCACCACGACUCCAUGACUAUAAACUACCACCACACCACGGGCAGCCGUGCUCCCUCGCUGGAUGAUGAUGAAGAGGAGGAGGAUAGACUCCAGGCUAUGAUCUCAAUGAUCUGUUGGCGGAACCUCACAGAUCCUAAUGUCCUGAAAGGUUUUUAUCUAUCACCUGACCCCCGCCACCCCCUUUACAAACUUCACUACCCACAAUUCACCCUCCUGUGGAGCAUGGAGCAGUACCAUGUUAGUACCAGUAUGAUGGUCCUCUCAGUGGAGCAGUACCAUGUUAGUCCCAGUAUGAUGGUCCUCUCAGUGGAGCAGUACCAUGUUAGUUCCAGUAUGAUGGUCCUCCUCUCAGUGGAGCAGUACCAUGUUAGUACCAGUAUGAUGGUCCUCUCAGUGGAGCAGUACCAUGUUAGUCCCAGUAUGAUGGUCCUCUCCUCUCAGUGGAGCAUGGAGCAGUACCAUGUUAGUACCAGUAUGAUGGUCCUCUCAGUGGAGCAGUACCAUGUUAGUCCCAAUAUGAUGGUCCUCUCAGUGGAGCAGUACCAUGUUAGUACCAGUAUGAUGGUCCUCUCAGUGGAGCAGUACCAUGUUAGUCCCAGUAUGAUGGUCCUCUCAGUGGAGCAGUACCAUGUUAGUACCAUGGAGCAGUACCAUGUUAGUCCCAGUAUUAUGGUCCUCUCAGUGGAGCAGUACCAUGUUAGUCCCAGUAUUAUGGUCCUCUCAGUGGAGCAGUACCAUGUUAGUACCAUGGAGCAGUACCAUGUUAGUACCAGUAUGAUGGUCCUCUCAGUGGAGCAGUACCAUGUUAGUCCCAGUAUGAUGGUCCUCUCAGUGGAGCAGUACCAUGUUAGUCCCAGUAUUAUGGUCCUCUCAGUGGAGCAGUACCAUGUUAGUCCCAGUAUUAUGGUCCUCUCAGUGGAGCAGUACCAUGUUAGUCCCAGUAUGAUGGUCCUCUCAGUGGAGCAGUACCAUGUUAGUACCAUGCAGCAGUACCAUGUUAGUCCCAGUAUUAUGGUCCUCUCAGUGGAGCAGUACCAUGUUAGUCCCAGUAUUAUGGUCCUCUCAGUGGAGCAGUACCAUGUUAGUCCCAGUAUGAUGGUCCUCUCAGUGGAGCAGUACCAUGUUAGUACCAUGGAGCAGUACCAUGUUAGUCCCAGUAUUAUGGUCCUCUCAGUGGAGCAGUACCAUGUUAGUCCCAGUAUUAUGGUCCUCUCAGUGGAGCAGUACCAUGUUAGUCCCAGUAUUAUGGUCCUCUCAGUGGAGCAGUACCAUGUUAGUCCCAGUAUGAUGGUCCUCUCAGUGGAGCAGUACCAUGUUAGUCCCAACCAUGGGGAGAUGGACAUCCAGGGUGCCUAUAUGGGAGGCAGCCCAUCGUCAUGGCAGCAGGCAGCAGAGUGCACCAGUCACAUGUCGUCAUGUCUGUGUUGCUCCACAAGGGGCAGUAACGUCUCCUUGGAAUACCCAGGAGGCUGCACCUGCAUCCACGACCGUAUCCCUCUGAAGAUGCUGUGCCAGAAUAUGAAAAGGCAGAUCGUGUCCAGGGCCUUCUACGGAUGGCUGGCCUACUGUCGACACCUGUCCACGGUCCGUACCCACCUGUCAGCACUGGUCAGCCACAACAUUGUCCUUCCUGACAAACCUUGCGAGGCAUCGGGGGGCCUGAGCAGAGACGUGUGGAGAAAGUACCAGAAAGACUGCAAGAACUAUAAGGAGUUGGAGUUGUUGUGGCUGGUGUAUUAUGGAGGUGUACAGCAUGACAUCAGGAAGGAAGUCUGGCCCUUCCUGCUGGGUCACUACAAGUUUGGCAUGGGCAAGAAGGACAUGAGCCAGAUCGAUGAGAAGAUCAGUGCACGGUACCAGCAGGUGAUGAAGGAGUGGAAGUCCUGCGAGGUGAUCGUCAAGCAGAGAGAGAAAGAGAUGCAGUCGGCCAUCUUUACUAAUCUGUCUUCAGGAAGCAGCAUAGACAGCCACGUCCUCAGACACAGAGACUCCACUCUCUGCAAUGAGAUGUUCAUGUCAGUGGAUGAGCCCGACGCAGGGGCGGGGGGGCAGGACACCCCAGGAGGGAGGGGGGGAGACACCCCCAGCCACUCUACAGUGAUUCUCCCCGCAGCCGGUGGGGCACUAGCUCCUGAUGAGCGCCCCCUAGUGGAGUUUGACUCCCCUGACUCCGGCCUCCCAUCCUCCAGGAACUACUCUGUCACCUCCGGGCACUCUCAGAUUCUCUCCUCUAUCGACGAUGGACAGAGCACGGUGGAGGAGGGGGGAGCAGGGGAGGAGGGAGGAGCACGGCAGGAGGGAGGAACACGGCAGGAGGGAGGAGCACGGGAGGAGGGAGGAGCAGGGCAGGAGGGAGGAGCCGGGCAGGAGGGAGGAGCCGGGCAGGAGGGAGGAGCCGGGCAGGAGGGAGGAGCCGGGGAGGAGGCCCGGCCACACUUGUACAGUGUGACGGAGGAGAAGGGGCUACAGGAUUGGUUGAGUGAGGAGAUGCUGUGCAGUCAGCUGGAUAAGUUGAUGACCAAUGAGAAUGGAGGAGCAGAGGGGAUGCCUUCACUCUCCUCCUAUACGAUUGAGCUGCUGGACACAGUGGCUCUGAACCUCCACAGGAUAGAUAAGGAUGUCCAGCGCUGUGACCGUAACUACUGCUACUUUACGACCGCUAACCUGGAGAAACUACGCAACAUCAUGUGCAGCUAUGUGUGGGAUCACCUGGAGAUGGGUUAUGUCCAGGGGAUGUGUGACCUGCUGGCCCCUCUCAUGGUCAUUCUGGACGAUGAGUGCCUGGCGUACAGCUGCUUCACCCAGCUGAUGAAGAGGAUGAGCCAGAACUUCCCCAACGGCGGAGCCAUGGACACACACUUUGCCAACAUGAGGUCCCUCAUACAGAUCCUGGACUCGGAGCUGUUUGAGCUGAUGCAUCAGAAUGGAGACUACACCCACUUCUAUUUCUGUUACCGCUGGUUCCUGUUGGACUUCAAAAGAGAGCUGCUGUACCAGGAUGUGUUCUCAGUAUGGGAGGUGAUCUGGGCGGCCCCUCAUAUCUCCUCUCAGCACUUCAUCCUGUUCCUGGCCCUGGCUCUGGUAGAGGUCUACAGAGAGAUCAUCAGAGACAAUACCAUGGACUUCACUGACAUCAUCACCUUCUUCAACGAGAUGGCAGAGCGUCAUGACGUGCAGCACAUCCUUCAGAUCGCCAGAGAGCUGGUGCACAAGGUCCAGUCUCUCAUCGAGAACAAGUGAUGAGGAGGAGGAUGAACAGGGCCGGAGGAGGAGAGGUAGAGAGGAGCCAGAUACCAUCACUGCACCCCUCCACCCGCCCAUCCAUCCUCUGCAUCCAUCUUACCCCUCUUUACCCCUCCCAAACCUGUGGAAGAGACAGACGUGGGCCCUCUAUCCCUCCAGCCGGACCAGUGAAGGAUGAAGGCUCCAGGUUGACCAUCCUAGCCUGGAUGAAGGCUCCAGGUUGACCAUCCUAGCCUGGAUGAAGGCUCCAGGUUGACCAUCCUAGCCUGGAUGAAGGAGAGAACAGGGGGAAAGG